UGUCACGAAUUUGUGUUAAAAACUAGUUUAAGCCGAAAACAGUAUGAGAUACGCUGCCCGUUAAUAUUUUCUCAGUUGGGUUUGUAUCUCCGAACUAAGAACAGCAACGACAUCAAUGGCGUACCGGUCGAUAUUUGAUGCCUCAGUGGUGCAGAAAGAGUUUGAGAUCAACGGAAUCAACUCUCAAUUCAUCCCCUUGAUUUGGAAGUAUGUUUUACAAAACCCAAAUUGUAAAUGGGAUGAAAUUCCAUCAUUACCUGCUGCUGCUUAUUCUCUUCUCAAUUCCAAGUUCUUGCCCAUUACUUCAACUCUUCACUCUGUGUCUCAUUCAACUGAUGAUGUUACCUCUAAACUUCUCAUUAAACUACAGAGUGGGGCGUUUGUGGAAGCGGUGAUAAUGAGAUAUGAUACGCGCUUAGGAAAAUAUGCUGGCAAGCAACGCCCAGGUGGACCAAGAGCAACACUAUGUGUGUCAUCUCAGGUUGGGUGUAAAAUGGGAUGUAAAUUUUGUGCAACUGGAAGCAUGGGAUUCAAAAGUAAUCUAUCAACUGGAGAAAUUGUGGAGCAAUUGGUCCAUGCCUUUCAUAUAUCAAAUAUACGUAAUAUUGUUUUCAUGGGGAUGGGAGAGCCAUUGAAUAAUUACUCCGCAUUGGUGGAAGCUGUUCGUAUCAUGACUAAAUCUCCAUUUCAGUUAUCACCAAAGAGGAUUACUAUUUCCACGGUUGGCAUUGUGCACGCUAUUAACAAGCUUCAACAUGAUCUUCCUCAGCUGAAUCUGGCCGUAUCGCUUCAUGCACCAGUUCAGGAUAUUCGGUGCCAAAUCAUGCCUGCCGCUAGGGCAUUUCCUUUGAAUAAACUUAUGGAUGCACUACAUUUAUACCAAAAGAAUAGUUUGCAGAAAAUAUUUAUCGAGUACAUAAUGCUUGAUGGUGUGAAUGAUGAAGAGCUGCAAGCACAUCAGCUAGGGAAAUUGCUCGAGACAUUGGAAGUGGUUGUAAAUCUCAUACCUUUCAAUCCCGUUGGUAACACAAGUCAAUUCAGAACGAGCAGCGAAGAAAAAGUGAAAAACUUUCAGAGAAUUCUAAGGGAGAAAUACAACAUUCGGACAACCGUUCGUAAAGAAAUGGGCCAAGAUAUAAAUGGCGCUUGUGGUCAGCUUGUGGUGAGUGAACAACAAAAGAAGAUGUUGGCAUCAAGCUCUGGUUUAGUUACUGACAUUGAAGAUCUUCAUCUUUGAUCAUAUAGCUAAUUCAUUAUAGCUUCUACAUUUUGUACGAACGUCUUCUAUUGUGCCGAUUUCAAUUAUUUUAGUAGGGUUGUACUUUGGUCAUUCCAUCGUUUGUGGGCUUGCUUCACUAAUUGCAAACGUUGGGUUAUACUACGGGGUCGAUUUUUUUUUCUUUUAGGUACUGUUACUUGUGACAGAACUAAAUUAAAAAAGAAAAACCGAAUUACAAAAAUCCCCUCCAUAACGCCUCCUCUCCCUUAUCUCAAACCCCCUCUUUUUAGAGGUUUUAGGUGCAUUUUUUAGGAGUUAUAAAGGGAUUGCUAACUUUUGGGUUUUUAAGCCUAUAAACCAUUAGAACAUGCUAAUUUCAUCAUGUAAUAUUGACCAUGGAUGGCUAUUAGGGGAGGCUAGGCGCACCUUAUAGAGCUAAUCUUUUCUCUUUUAUGACUCAAGCUUAAGGUUCCAAUCCCCUUUUAAUUAUAGAAAUUUCUAGUCAAUAAUAGUGAUUUGUAAAUCACCAUAAAAAGACAGAAAAUAAAUCAAAUAUAGAAAGAUAAAAUAAAAUCCCAAAAUUCCUCCCCUCUUAAAUCAUGUCACAUGA